AUGAAUUGCGCGUAUAUUUGCUAUUUUUCGCUUUGCAUUGGCACAGCUUUAGCUGUGCUCUAUAAUGGUGAAGCGCCUAAGCAGCAAUCUGAAACUGUUGUCGGAGCGUUGCAACAACAACAAAAACGUCGGGACCCACUAACACUUCCUGGUUAUCACUACAGUGGGCCAGCCGCAACAGCGCAGCAAGAAUUCACCGGCUAUCGCUACAGUGCGCCGGCAGCGACAGCAGCUGAAACUACAACAAGCACAACGACAGUCAGGCCACCAACCACAGCAGCGCCUACACAGCCUGCAGCUAUUGGUUACAUUUAUAACAAGCCGUUGGCAGAAAGCUACAACCGACAAGCGCUCUACCUCCACGCGCCCCACUACCAGCUGAGUCAUCAGACGUCCGCUUUAGCGCUCAGCAGCGACGCUGAUGUAGGACAACAAUUACCUUUAGGUGCCGCGCCCACUUAUUAUGUGCCACAAGCGGAAGUUGUCAACAGUGGUAAGCAUUUUGAAGCGACGCAACCCAAUUUCUUUGUGCCGCGCAUUGUGACAGGUGCAGCCGAAGUGGCGCAAACGUCGACGCCAGCUCCGCAGGCCCCAAAGGCACAAAGCGACGAGGCUGCUGCUUCGACGGGUUAUAACUAUGCGCGGCCGGUGGGUGACGCUGAACUCACCGCUGACACGCCAGCCUCCUAUCAGCAAGCGUUUCAGCAGUUCGCUGACUAUUUGAUAUGGCAAAGAGCGCAAAGCAAGCAGCAGGAACAAACGCGAAUCGACACGCAAAUGGAGGCAAAGCAGCAACAACAAACAAUACCGCACGCCGCACAAGCUUACGGCGAUUCUACUCUCCAGCAAUUUAGCUUUCCCAGCGCUCACAGGCAAUACGAACCCGCAACAGCGCCCAGCAGCGGCCUUAUACAAACGCGUCCACAAGCUGCGCCUGUUACGUUCGCUACACAAGGUUAUGCGCCAGCUACAGCAGCGUCAGCAACUACGGUUGGCGCACAGCAAAGCAUAAAUCUGUUAGCUUCAGCGCCAGCCUCAAAGCCAGCUUUGGUCGAGAAACGUCCGUUGAACAACGACGAACUGCUGAGCGGUGAGCGUUUCAUUUCCAAGGAUAACGCUGUCGAGUACUACAUGGAAAUGCCGUCCCAAUCGUUCGAACUGCCAACUUACAGCACCAUGGAGAUGACACCAAGCCAGGAACUAAGCUCCAAUCACGACCAAAGCACUAGCCAGAGCUAUGCACAAAGUAAUGCUGCAAAGCUUGCUCAACAGUCGUCGGAGCAGUUGUACCAGAAUAAUGUAGAGCAGACAAAUGCACCGUAUUUCUAUGAGCCAGCCAAGCAGUUUGCGCAAACUGCGCAACACCACUUGCAGCUCCAACAACAACGCCACACGCCAGCGCAGCAAGCGUACGUGGUUCAAGAGCAGCGGCCUGUUGCAGCAGCGCAGCAGAAAGAGUCGUUGGCCAAAGCACAACAACAAAGCCAACAAUUAGCGAGCGAUAAAAGGUUUGCGCAAACAUUUGCCCAGCAACCAACAGAAGCUCAAGCGCCUCAAUCGAAUGCUGCGUGGUUUGCGGAAAUACCACAGUGGCCGCAGAAUGAGGCAUUGCAGGUGCAACAGCAGCAACAACCAUUGCAACAACAGUUGAUACAACAACCACAGACAUUGUAUAGCCGUGUUGUUAAGCCGUUGGCGCAAGCACAACAGCAUCCACACCAAUUACAACAACAACGGCAGUCGGAAAAGCAAAAUUAUUACUCGAAAGCGCAGCCAGAGCUACGCCCACAAUCACAGGCUAAACCGUUGACCUCAGCAGCUGCAGAGCCAGCAACCACAUUGGAACACAGCUCUCAGCGCUUACCACAGCCCACGCAAGCCGCACAACCCUCACAAGCCAACACGGCCACAGCAAAUUCUAACGCGGUCUUCAAUUUUGACUCGGCUCAUUUCAGACGUCCUCAUAGCACCUAUGGUGUACCAUUAGGAAAUAAUAAGGCAAGCGGUUACAACUAUCAGCGACCAGCGGGUCACUGA